AUGUUUGGUGUGAACGACUACUUGCGUGCGUUCGCGUCGCGUUUCUUUCCGCUCAUUGUGACCCUUUUCGUGUCAACGACUGCUCACCCUCCAUCCUAUGGCCGUAUACGCGGUAUGUCUGGAGGUAUAGUCGAAGAAAAAGCUGUCCACGACGCUCUAGACGCUCUCCUUCGUGCUAGAGAGCAUUCUGGUGCCGACACUACUACAAAUCCAACGCUGAAGCGCUGCUAUCCUGAAGACUCUGAGCCGAAUCCCGUGAAAAGGAGCAACAUCGAGGGAGCCAUGGAUGGAAGCGGGAUGGUGCAACAGAUGGGAUUCGGAGCGCCAACCUCAAUGAUUCCGACAGUUGCUAGUGCAGCCGAGACUGUCGUAGAAAUCAUCAGUGUUCCAGAAAAUACUGUAGGCCUAGUUAUUGGUAGAGGCGGCUCAGAAAUUCAAAAUAUCCAAAGCACAACGGGAUGUCGAGUACAAAUGAGUCCGGACGGUGACCCUAGCACUGGCGUCCGUCAGUGUACACUCCAAGGAAGCAAGAUAUCGGUGGAAAGGGCCAAGCAAAUGAUAACCGAUGUCAUCACAAGGGCAGCCUCGCGUCCGUCUACUCAAAAUUUUACCCCGACAGAUGGUCGUGCCAUUACUGUAGAGAUGACUAUACCAGCAACAAAGUGCGGUCUUGUGAUCGGAAAGAUGGGAGAAACGAUAAAGCAAUUGCAGGUGGAGGUAGCAAAACGGCUUGUGACCGAUUUGAUCAACUCUCGGGAAGACAAUGGCACUAUACCACGGCUUUAUUCCGAGCAGGCAACAGCAAAAGGAGAAGUGGUCGUCCCUCGUGCUAGUGUCGGCAUGAUUAUAGGUAAAGGAGGAGAGACCAUAAAACGACUCGCCAUGGAAACGGGGACAAAGAUUCAGUUCAAAGCUGAUGAUGAUCCGACAUCUCCCGAUCGAUGUGCUGUUAUUAUGGGAUCAAGAGAGCAGAUUUAUAAAGCCACCGAGCUCAUCACUGAACUGGUUCAUAAAAGCUGUAGUGGCUCAAUUAUGACCGGUCAGACAGAGACACCUCAACUUCAGGCUUUCUAUAUGCACGUCCCAUCAAAUAAGACGGGUCUCGUCAUAGGUAAAGGAGGAGAGACUAUCAAACAGAUCAAUGCGGAAAGUGGCGCGCACUGCGAGUUAUCUCGCGACCCUCCACCGAAUCCUCAAGAAAAGGUCUUUAUUAUCCGUGGUACUCCAUAUCAAGUUCACCAUGCACAACACAUUAUUCGAAUCAAGGUUGGCGACAUAGCUCCUGGCACACCUGUGCCUCCAUUCACUGGAGCCGGUGCACCAAAUGGUAGCAACUAUGGUGUAUCGCAAUAUAACGGUCAGUACGGCGCUAGCCUGUGGAAUAACACCUACGCCCAGCAACCCGAUGCUGGAAACGGAUGGGCGAAUCAGGCCGCUGGCCAGUACUAUACUGGUGGCGCAGCUAAUGCGCAGAAUUCUUACGGUAAUAUGCAGAGUUAUACAUACGUGCCUCAGUCUGGAGCGCAACCAGCGAGCGCUUCUCAAAGUUCGAGUACGACUUCGACAGGUCCAACCAUCAACCCUCAGACUGGGCAACCGGACUAUUCUGCUCAGUGGGCCGAGUACUACAGGUUAGUUUUUAUUCUUGUUAGAAAUAGAUAA